CUAAACUGCAAGUGGCGUUCCAUAAACAUUUGUUGCGGCGUCGUCACUCACUCACAGGAAUUUUUUUAACAAGUCUCUGAAAAGAUAUAUUUUCAAAAUUUGCAAGCUCCUAAGCCACUUUGAUCAGUUUCAUCAUGAAUCUAUCUAAGGUAUCAGAUGAAGAAAAACUCUCCCUCUGCAGAAAAUACUUCAUUGGUGGAAUAUUUGCUCUCCCAUUUCUCUGGUUGGUGAACACAGUUUGGUUUUUCAGGGAAGCAUUCUUCCGCUCGGCCUUUGAACAACAAAAGAAAAUACGCACAUAUGUGACCUGGUCCUUGGUAGGAUGUUUGGUGUGGACCACAGCAUUGAUAGCAUGGAUUACUGUUUAUCAAGUCAAGAGAGCUGAGUGGGGAGAGACUGGUGAUAGGUUAUCAUUCAUUAUACCCAGAGGGAGGCCAUAGCAUCCAUGUACCAAGAUAUGAACAUUUACCAGUCAAACACAAGCCAUCUUGGAUAGACUGGUGGUAGAUUUCAUUCAUUAACCCAGAGGGAGGCCAUAGCACAGGUGUACCAAGACAAGAACAUUUACCAGUCAAACAUCAAUCAGUAUGGAUAGACGGGUGAUAGAUUUUAUUAAUUAUACCCAGAGGGAGGCCAUAGCAUCGUGUACCAAGAUAUGAACAUUUACCAGUCAUACACCAGCCUACAUGUGCAUAGACUGGUGACAGAUUUUCAUUCCACAUGCAUAGAGGGAGUCCAUAGCAAAGGUGUACUAAGAUAUGAACAGUUACCAGUCAAACACCAGCCAGCUUGGAUAGACUGGUGAUAGAUUUUAUUAAUUAUACUCAAAGGGAGGCCAUAGCACAGGUGUACCAAGACAUGAACAUUUACCAGUUAAAUAGCAGCCAGCAUGGAUAGACUGGUGCUUGAUUUUCACUCAUUGUAUGGAAUCAAAGGAUAUAAGAUAAAUUCAAUCAAAUCCUUUAACAUGGUUGAUCAAAGGUUCAAUGAAAAAGAGACAGAUGCUAUAACAUCUGUCACAAUUUUUUACCAUUAAGCUUAUAUUUCUUUGAAUCUUUUUAUUGGGGAGAGGGGCUACAAAGUUUUGCAUACUAUACUCCAGAUUUUAUACAACAUUCACAUUUGUUCAGAUUUUUAGAGUGCGAUGAUUUGUUGAUUUGAAAUUCAAGUCAGACACUUCAAUUGACUAGCUUGUACAUAAACAGUGGUAGCACCAUGGUAAUUUGUGGGGGGGGGGGGGGAGAUUGGAGGUUACAUUUGUUUUUUUAUUAGUUGAAUAACAGGAAAUUUCAAGCUACAUGACCUAAGCCUGUUUUGGGGGUAAUCGUCUUUUCUCUUCUUCCUCCCUACCUUUUCAUGGGGGGGGGGGGAGGCAGCGACCAAGAAGCACCAUUGGACCAAUCAUACAUGUAUGUAUACGUCUGUAAACGUGUAUGUUGCUUAUUUAUGUAUAUUUGAUAUAGGUAGUUACUUAAAGGACAAGUCCACACCAACAAAAAGUUUAUUUGAAUAAAAAGAAAAAAUCCAACAAGCAUAACAUUGAAAAUUUCAUCAAAAUCGGAUGUAAAAUAAAAAACUUAUGCCAUUUUAAAGUUUCGCUUAAUUUCUUUAAUUGAAGGGACUGAUGACAUCACUCACUAUUUCUUUUGUAUUUUAUUAUAUGAAAUAGGGAAUAUUCGAAUUUUCUCCUUUUUGUCCUGUGAAACAAAGCUUUAUUCCUCCCUGAACAUGUAGUAUUACCAUUGUUAUAACAUUUUAUGGUUCAUUUACAUUGUAAGUUUGUCCUUAAUGUGAAAUUGGAAAAAAAUGAAAUAUUGUAUUAUUCAAACAGUAAAAAACAAAAUAAAAAGUGAGUGAUGGACAUCAUUGACUCUCAUUUGCAUGUCAUCGUGUUGUGCAUAUAACUGUUUUGUGAAAAAUAAGCGAAAAUUAAAAAUGUCAUAACUGUCUUAUUUUACAUCCGAUUUUUCUGGGUGGACUUUACCCUUAGAAAGAAAUGAUGAAUAGACUUGUCAGAUCAACAGUGCAAUAUCUACCUGUAUGUACUUUUUUAAUUUCUCAAAGAACAUGGAAAUCUCCUUUUCCGAAUAAUGAAAGAAGAAAGCGUCAAAGAAAAUCAGAUGUAAUACAAACUGCCCGAUUUUAUUUUGCACCAGUAUAUUUUGUCCGAUUAAUGAUUAAUAAUUCUUUAAAUUGGCAAUGCGAAGGACAUAUUGAUCAAUUUUCUACUAAAUUUUACAUGUAUCUUUAUUAGAAAAAAAGAUAUGAAAUAAACUGCUACUUAAAAAAGACUUUAAAGAUAUCAUGUCACAAAGGUAACAAUUUUUAUAUGGCCAUUAUUGAAUAUUUAUUAUUUGAUCAUUGUGAGCAGAGAUGCAUGUGAGUUGAUUAAUUUGAUACAAUGUACAUUGUUGCUAAUGUUAUAUCCCUGAAUCGGAGGUAGAAUAUUUGUAUUGUUAUUGCUAAGGACAUUAAAAAGUAUGAACCCGAUUUAUCAUGUGA